GUAGUCAUUUUACUUUAAAUUUGACAGCUAUGGCAAAUGUUCCUGGUUGAACUUAUGUUUAAAAAAUAAACAUAAUAGAAUUCUCUGCACAUACAUCAACAUGGAAAACGAAAAUUCUGUUAUUUACGGUUUGGAAUUUCAGGCAAGAGCUUUAGCUCCACAGCUAGCAGAAACCGAAAAAAUUCGCUUUCUAAUUGGGACGCAGUCUCUCAAGCAAACAACCAAUCAGGUACAUUUGGUAGAGUUUAACGAAGAAGAUUCAACCAUAAAAACCUCAGUCUUUAAUCACCCAGAGGGUGAAAUAUGGAAAUUAAACACAAGUCCGUUAGAUAAAACAAGUUUGGCAACUUGUUACAACGCUGUUUCCAAUGAUAACACUUGCUGCAUGAAAACAGCAUUAUACAGAAUACCGCAAACUGAAAACCCUGAAACAGUGGAAAAUUUAUCACUUGGAACAAAAUUUGAAACUGACCAGUAUGGUAGUGAAAUCAAAACAACAGAAUUUCAUCCCACAGACUUGAAUAAAGCAGUCACAGUGAUGGAAAAUCAUGUGGUCUUUUGGGAUAUAUCAGGGGAGGAAGCUAAAUCUAUCCUGAAUGUGCAACUGAGUGGAAAAAAUAAUCCCAAAUUCACAACUGGUAAAUGGAAUCCACACCAAAAUUGCAACCAAUUUACAACUGCAACUGAGACACAUUUGAAAACAUAUGAUGUACGAUCUGGAGAAGUAGCCUGGAAUAUUGAUAAUGUUCACAGUCAGUUAUUAAGGGAUUUGGAUUACAAUAUGAACAAGCAGUACCACAUUGCAACAUGUGGUGAUGAUGGUUUAAUAAAAAUUUGGGAUUUCAGACAGACUGCACAACCAGUGUAUUCCAGAAGUGAUCAUUCACACUGGGUCUGGUGCAUAAGAUUUAAUCCAUUCCAUGACCAGCUACUUCUGUCAGCUAGUUCAGAUGCAAGAGUUUUAAUUUCUAGUGCAGCAAGUGUUAGUUCAGAAAAUAACAACGAUGUUUGUAUACACGAUGAAACAGAAACAAAACAAAUGAUAUCUGAUGGGCCAUUACAGUGGUGUGAACAUGAGGAUAGUGUUUAUUGCGCUGAAUGGUCACCAGCAGAGCCCUGGAUUUUUGCAUCCCUUAGUUAUGAUGGUAGAUUAUUAAUUUCUAGAGUGAAGAAAACUUUAAAAUACCAAAUUAUGUUAUAAAUAUAUUUUAUUUUUUAAUUUAUUGGUAUAGUUUUAACGUAAUAAACAAAUAUGGCUAUA